AAUCACAACAAAGUCUCCGCUAGAUGAGCGACUAACUCCUUCAGUUUUUGGAUCUCUUUACCAUUACCUUUCAACUCCGAACGCAUUUCUUGUUGAUAGUACUCCAAGCUUUGAAUCUUUUUGUGAUGGGUGCAUGCCUAAUCGCAUAACUCGGAGCAGUAAAGAAAAGACUCUCGUCAAUUUGUCUACACGCAAAUUUGGCCAGUUAGAACGCAACAACCGCAAAGCUCGAAAAUCAUCAACUAUGGUUCGUGGAGAAAUCAGAGCUGAUGAAGAAGGGUUUUUGAGAGAUGAUGAUGGACAAGCCUACAAUGAGGCUCGACAGAGACUGGACGAUCAGGGGAUUGUCAUGACUGAGGAUCUGGUUGUGGAUGAUUCAAACAUCCGGAAUCCUGCUGCUCCACCAAACGCAGUAGCAGCUCACGUCGAUGGUGUCGAACGACACCACCAGUGUGUCGCUCGACACCAACUCCCAGCGGACGUGCAGAUCCGAGCAGGCCAGCAGGGCCGCCAACAACUGCCUGCCGCGGUGGACCGUCCAAUGACUCUUGGGGAUUACAACAGGCCAGACCUGUUCUAUGCUAAUCGAUCAGCGAUCGUACCUCCCCCAUUUCAGAGAAAUGACUUCGAGUUGAAAACCGCAUACUUCACUCUUGUGGGUCAACAUCCUUUCCAUGGCUUCUCUAAUGAACAGCCAAUGGACCAUAUCGAGCGAUUUGAGGACUUGGUAUCUAGCAUUAAGGCAAAUGGAGUUUCAGAUGACUACCUUCUCUGCAAGCUCUUCCCAUACUCACUUGCUGGGGAAGCCGCUUCUUGGCUAAAGCAGUUGAAGCCAGGAUCUUUGACUAAGUGGCAGAGUAUGAAGGUCGCCUUUUUCAACAACUUCUAUGAUGAUGGUAAGUCUGAGGAGCUGCGCAACAAGUUGUCUACGUUCACUCAAGGACCAGCAAAAGCAUUCAAAGCUGCUUGGGUUCGAUUCAAGGAGUACCAACAAGAUUGCCCUCAUCACGGUUUCAGUGAAGUUCAGCUUCUCGCUCUAAUUGAGAAUCACGCCUAUAGCAACAGCACGAAGAACGCGGACUUCGAGAGGAAGAAGAUUGCAGGCGCGAUUACUGGUAAUGAAUUUACAUAGGUUAAUGCCAAGUUGGAUUCAGUCCACAACGUCCUCACAGGAAAGAAAGCUGUACAUUUUGC